AUGGCGGCGCCCACAGGGGACGACCCCCCCGGGACCCCCCAGGACCCCCCCGGGACCCCUCAGGACGCGGCCCUGGAGGAGCUCGAGGCCUUCGAUUUCCCCCCCUACGAUUUGAGCCGCCCCCCCCUCCAACUUUGGGGGGCUCGGGAAGAAUUCGCCCGGCGCCCCGAAAAUUUCCUGAGGGGCUGCAAAUGGGCCCCCGACGGCUCCUGCGUCCUCACCUGCAGCAACGACAACGCCCUGAGGAUCUUCGACCUCCCCCAAAUCCCCCCGGGACCCCCCCAGGGACAGCCCCUCCCCCAGCUGGCCCCGGCCGUGCUGGUGGCCGAAGGUGACACCGUCUACGACUUCACCUGGUACCCCCUGAUGGACUCCGGCCACCCCCACACCUGCCUGGUGGCCGCCAGCUGCCGGGACCACCCCGUGCACCUCUGGGACGCCUUCGACGGGAGCCUGAGGGGGUCGUUCCGGGCCCACAACCACCUGGACGAACCGGUGGCCCCCCACUCCUUGGCCUUCACCCCCGACGGCUCCCGGCUCCUGGGGGGCUUCGACGGCGCCGUCCGAGAAUUCCCCACGGAGCGGCCGGGCCGGAGCGGCCACGAGCGGCCCCUGAGGCAGGGCGGGCAGGGCCAGCGAGGCCUGAUUGGCUGCCUGGCCUUCAGCCCCAGCCAAUCGCUGUUCGCCUGCGGCUCCUAUGGGCGGAGCCUGGGGCUGUACCCGCUGGAAGGGGGCGGGGCCGUGAUGCUCUGGCCCCGCCUCUCGGCCGCGCCCACUCACCUGCGCUUCAGCCCCUGCGGGACACGCCUCUACGCGGGGGGGAGAAAGGACCGUCACAUCCUGUGCUGGGACCUGCGAGCCCCCGAGCGGCCGCUGCUGGCCCUGCCCAGGAGGGUGGAGACCAACCAGAGAGUGACCUUUGACCUGGACCCGUCGGGGCAGUUUUUGGUCAGCGGUGACACCGACGGUUUUGUCACCGCGUGGGACACGCUGGCCCCGCCCGGGCCCGGGGACCCCCCCGAGCUGCCCCCCCUGCUCCGGUUCCGCGCCCUCCGCGACUGCGUCAACGGCACCAGCCUGCACCCCGGGCUGCCGCUGCUGGCCACGGCCUCGGGGCAGCGCCUGUUCCCGGCGCCGUGGGACAGCGACGGUGACAGCGACGGUGACAGCGACGGUGACAACCGGCCGGCCCCGGGGGGGGACAUCCGGCUGCAGCUCUGGUGGUGGGGACCCCGCGGGGACACCGGGACCGGCGAUUGUCACCUCGCCGGGGACACCGAUUGUCACCUCGCCGGGGACACUGGGACCGGCGAUUGUCACCUCCCUGGGGACAGCGGGACUGGCGUUGUGACUGUCACCCUCUGUCCCCCAUGA